GUUGUAAGCACAAUCAGCUGUUUACUCAAACCUCGAACGGUUUUUAUGAAGAAACAGCGCCAAAAAAUUAAAAAGAUCUUACCAUUUCAUGUUUAUAUUUUAAAUAAUCGACUGCAAUGGGUGUAUGCCGCUUUUUCCAACAAGGCUCUUGUCGUUUCGGUACAAAAUGCCACAAUGAACAUUUUGAUGUUAAACAGUAUCUGAAAACUGACAUUGAAUCGUGCAUCAAUGGCAAAAUGUGGCCCUUCUCUGUGUAUGGCCCGUACAAGGACAAACCUAAUAUACCAAACUUCAUAGAAGACCAGUCGUUCGAAGAAGUUAGAUUUCAAGCCUAUGAAAGUCAGCGCCAAAACUGUUUCGAACAGUUCCAUCAGCAGUUCACCAAGGAGGUGCAUGAGACGACAAAUAAAAUGAAGCUAAUGCUCCAAUUCUCACCGCAAAUACUCGAUGUAAUGAUCAAGCUAUAUGAAACACCAGAAGGCAGCCAGCCAGCUGCCAAUAACAACAAUCCGUUCGCUGCGCAAUCCAGCUCGAUUUUUAGCAAACCCGCCUUGAGUUCUGGCAGUACGAAUAUUUUUGGAGCUGGUUCUGCUGCGACCACAAACUUCUCGUCAGCUGGUAACUCUAUAUUUGGUGGCGCUAGUAAUGCGGGCACCAACAUUUUUGCAGCUGCAUCAAAUACAAAUGUAUUUGCGCAACAGCAGCCGCAGACGCAAACGUUUGCAGGACAACAGCAGCAACAACAGGUCAGCCCCUUUGGACAGCAACAGCCACUGGGACAGGCGCAAUCUUCCAUAUUUGGUCAGCCACAGCAGCAGCCACAGCCGAAUCCCUUUGGGCAGGCACAAGCUGCUCUCCCUAGCACCAACAGCGUCUUUGCACAAGCACAGCCAACACAUGCAACGCCGUUUGGACAAACUGUUGCCUUUCCGCCACAACAGCAACAACAACAGCAGCAACAGCCUUUUUUGGGCGGGAUGUUUGCCAAUCCAGCGGGUGCCACAGCCAAUACAGGCAAUAUAUUUGCACAGGCAGCUGCUCAGACCCCAAGUGGAUUUUUUACUCAGCCGGCGGGCGGGUUUCAACAGCAGCAGCAAAUGCAAGCAGCAGCCACGCAACAAGGACAACUGCUGCAACAGCAGCAGCAAGUGCAGCAGCAGCCUGAUACAACUUCUAUAAUAUAUAGUCGCAUGGAAGAUCUUACAGCCGAAGAGAUCGCAGCCUUUAAAGCGGAACAAUUUGCGCCUGGGCAGGUGCCCUUUAAGCCACCACCACGCGAGCUUUGUUAAAUA